AUGGAUCUCGCAAAAACGCUCGUGCGGUCCGUGGCCCGGGCAUUUUACGAGACGAAGCACAUCUUGAUCAUUGAUGCCCUGGUCAUCCACUCGGCUGUGCCAGACGACGAUCUGGCCUAUCUGAUCAGCAUGAAUAUCAAGGACCUGCGCAAGAUGUGCCAGAAGCUACGAGAGGAUCGCCUCUUGGUCUCACAUUCACGGUCCGAACUUCGAGAAGGCCAGCAGAGGCCCAACAACCGAACGUACUACUACAUCGACUACCGUCAGACAAUCGAUGCCAUUAAGUGGCGUGUCUACAAAAUCGACAAAGACCUACAGGGGCCAGUUGUGCCGCCUAGCGAGAAGAAGGAAUACUUUUGUGACCGCUGCAAGGCGGAAUGGACCCAGAUGGAGGUGCUUGACAGCUCUAGUACUUCAGGGUUUCUGUGCCACCGCUGCGGCUCUGUCCUUCGCCAUGGCGAUGGCGGCCGGGCGGGUGGCCAUGAGCGCAGCACGCGCAUGAACAACCAGUUCAAGUUUAUCACCGAGCUGCUGCCCAAGAUCGACAGCGUCGUCAUCCCCGAUAACAACUUCGAGGUAGCCUUCAACAAUAAGCGGCCGGUCCUUCGUGACGCGACGCACCAGAUAGCUGCCAGCAUCGGCGUCGACGCUAUGAACAGGCCCACCGCAGUCAAGGGUCUUGCCAACACGGGUCCCAGCACCCUGUCUGUCUCUAUACAGGCCGGCAGCGGCCCCACGGAGGAGGAGAAGGCAGCCGAGCGCGAGCGCCGCGAGCGUGUCGCUGCGCAGAACGCGCUUCCUAGCUGGAUGUCUAACAGCACGGUCACUGGUGAAGCUUUCAAGACGGACCUAGCACCUGGCAAGGGGCCAGGCAGCGGUGCCGAUGCCGACACCAAAGACCCGACCAUCAAAGCCACAAACGACACCAACGCCGAGGCCGAUAUCGACGACUACUUCUCGCGCCUCAAGAGACAAGCGGCCGAGGAAGCACGGAAGAAGAUGGCGGGAGCUGGCCAGGACGACGAGGACGAGGAUGAGGAAGACGAGGAUGAUGCCGAGUUUGAGGACGUGGUACAGACCGCCGGCAGCACUCCUGUGGCAAGCGGCACUCCAGGCAGCUCGAAUGCCAUCGGACUGGCACCGCCAACCUCGGUACCACCCCCACGGUUAGGGUCUAUACCCAAGGCGCCGUCUCCGUUGCGGCAGUCGUACUCGCAGUCCAACCUGAAGCGCGAAGCGGUGUCAGAGCCGCCAAGCCCGUCUGAGGCCGGGCGGCUGGCAAAGAAGGUCAAGGUGGAGGACGAAAUCGGAGAAGUACCUGUUUCGGCGGUAAAAGCCCAAGCAGAGGAUAGCGACGAAGACGAGGACGACAUCGAGUUUGAGGACGUAUAG